UUACUUCUAAUGCGUUUGACUUACAGUAAAUGUCCUGAGAAUGCUCCGCCAUUUCUACACAGCUGUUAAGGCUGAAUGUUGAUUGCGUGCAAAUAAMUGUCAACAGUGUGGAGAGCGUGUGCGUGAAUAGUUGACGUCGAUAUACAUACAUACAUAUGUUGUUGAUUUUUAUUAAUUUACUUAUUUCAAAUAUGUAUGGCGCCAAGCAAUUGUAAGAAAUGAAGACAAAAGAGGAAUCGCAGCUUCUUGAAUAAAUUGUAAACAUAAGCUGAUUACGAAAGAGACAAGUACGAUGGAUAUAAGCUCUAAGAUGCGAUAAAUUCUUUCCCUUGUUGGAUGAUUGAAAUUUCUAUGUAAGAAAAGGAGUUGCUGCCAUAUCUACACAUACAUAACUAGUCUAUUGCUAAGGCUUGACUAAAUUGACGAACAAAUUUCUAAAUUUGCUUAGUCUAAAUAAACAACACUGUCACCAGAAUCAACCAUCGCUAAUCAGACCAAACCUGAUCAAUCCAAUACGUUCCAGAUGACCAGAACAGAAGAUCAAGAUCRAAUGCACUAAAAAGUCUGAAGAGGACAAAUGUACACCAGUGCGUAUACGCAACCAAUAUGUUUGGGGGGGGUGCCUGCAGCAAGAACUUCGCCACUGUACCCGCCUACCUAACGGUAGCCCUGUCUGGAAGUGUGUCAGAUCAUUCAACUUUAGCACUUUCACUGCAUCUGUAGCCCUGACGCCACGUAUAGCCGCUAAUCACUCAACAAUGCGAAGCGACAAGUGGCAUGCACCAAGCGGACUAAAAUAAAUAAAAUUAGCCGUCUUGAUGUCGUGGCAAAUACAAUAGGAAUACUUUAAUUCAGUGCAAUUGCAAACGUCAAAGCGUUAGCAACGAGUCAAAUGCAAGAAAUAUUUUCAAAAAUUUUAAUGAAAUAAAAUUAAAACUUUAUAAAAAAUUAAAGUGGAUUUUCUCAAAUCACUUUUUGAGAUACGUUCGUAUACUUUUGCGCCGGACUUUGAAGAAAGUGCAGCAACACCAGCGCCACUAACACCACCAUCGUACCCGUCCACUAUGAAGCGUUUUAAUUGCUUCACUUUACGUUCAUUUGGCAUUGUGGUUGCCGGCUUUGAUAUCAUCGUAGCAUUGUGCACGCUAGCACUGUGCUCCUACUAUCUUUGGACCGACUAUGUGCAUGUGUCAUAUUGGCCACAGGACGAUGUGAAAAUAUUGAAUCCGCUUAGUAAUCUCAUUGCAAUUGUUGUUGACUAUGUAUUCAUACAUAACUUCUCCAAUGCUUUCUAUAUGGUUCUGGCAGUUACCAUUUGGGUAAAAUCUUUGAUUAAUUUAGUUGUCGCUUCCAUACUCAUAGAUGGUAUAAGAAAGCAACGUCUUGUUUGCAUUACUCCCUGGCUCAUUAACACCACGAUUUCGAUUGGCAUUGAGAUAGCAGUAUUUGUAUUCAUCGAAAUUAAAAUGAAUGAAUUCGAAGAGGAAAUCGCAUUAGACCGGCGCAUAGUACACAGUGUGAUAUUUGGCGUAUUUAUGGUUUUCAAUGCGCUCUCUUUAUUCGGCAUCUUUGCACUAUACAAAAUGCUCAAGGCAACGGUCAAUGAGAAUCGUACGUUACAAGAGAGUAUUGUGGAAGCAGCUGGACUUUAUCAGCAUGUUAAAGUUUAAAUUUAGCGUGAAUCCAUGGCGAAUUUUUGCCGCAUUUUGGUAGCACCAUAAAACAACAAUUUGGUAAUGGGCCUUUAGUUUAUUAAAUAAUGCAUUUAUUUAGCAAGAAAUUUUAAAAAUUUUAAUAUAAAAUAUGUAAAACUACCAAAAUAAAUAAAACAGUGCUCUUAGGAAACAUAUCUUGAAAGAGAGUUAAAAUCAAGAAUUGGGCAGGAAAUUUAUUUAUGUGUCAUUUUCUCUUUUAUACAAUAUUGUGGCUAAUGUUUUUUUCAAUUUUUCACUUAUCAUCGAUAUUAUUAUGUCUUUCG